GCAGAGCAGGGAUUGUGUGUGUCACACGAGAAGCAGGAGGAGUUUUAGUCCGUGUCACGAAAACCAAACCUCUCGGACUAAAAACUACCACACUCGCCUUUCAGAUCGAGCGAAACAUGCGCACUGGCGCGUUUUCGCUUCCGCGGUUCGCUCGUGCCUUCAACACCUUCUGGGAGUUCGCGUGUUUGUUGACGUCGACCGACGAGGCGGUAAUGUUGAGCUCGGUGGAGUUUGGAUGCCCAUUUCGCAGCUGGUAAAAGUGAUCUUUUUGCAGAGCGAGCGAUGAGUGCGUGGCGCAGGAGGAACGCAGCGCGCGGAUUCUGUCUGUGUUUGUCCUAAAGUGAAGGAUGCAGGUGAAGAAGAAGCACCGGGACACGGAGAGGAGCGCCGGGGACAUCCCGGACAGAGACGGCCUCCGCGCAAAGUCCUCGUGCUUCUCAAAUAUCAAGAUAUUCUUGAUUUCGGAAUGCGCCCUCAUGUUGGCACAGGGCACGGUCGGCGCGUACCUGGUGAGUGUCCUGACAACGCUGGAGCGACGGUUCAACCUGCAAAGUGCUGACGUCGGUGUGAUAGCCAGCAGCUUUGAGAUUGGUAACCUGGCGCUCAUCCUGUUUGUCAGCUACUUCGGGGCCAAAGCACAUCGGCCCCGACUGAUUGGCUGCGGAGGUAUUGUUAUGGCUCUCGGCGCCCUUCUCUCAGCUCUACCGGAGUUCCUGACCAAUCAGUAUGAGAUAGGGGAAAGGACUGACCUUGGUCGGGAUGUGUGUUACAAUGGCAGCAAUGCAGCCGCACUGGAGGCAGAGGAUAAACUGUGCGCCAAUAAGGCCAACACAAACAUGAUGUACUUGCUGCUGAUCGGAGCCCAGGUCCUACUGGGGAUUGGUGCCACCCCGGUGCAGCCUCUGGGUGUGUCCUACAUUGAUGAUCAUGUGAAGAAGAAAGACUCCUCCCUCUAUAUAGGAAUCCUGUUUUCAACGCUGGUGUUCGGACCUGCUUGUGGAUUUAUCCUUGGAUCCCUCUGCACGAAGUUCUACGUGGACGCUAUCUUCAUUGGUACCAGUCAGCUGGGCAUCACUCCCGAUGACCCUCGAUGGAUCGGCGCCUGGUGGGCAGGCUUCCUGCUGUGCGGUGCCUUACUCUUUUUCUCUGCUCUCUUAAUGUUUGGCUUCCCUCAGUCCCUGCCAACAAGGGACAGAGAGGAUGAGACAGAGAGCGAGCAGGUCAUGCUUCCUCCGUCUCUCAGUGCAGACUGUGAGACUCCAAAGCCCAGCAACGGGGCUAUGUGCAACUAUGAGCCUGCCACCAGCGCCACCUGCUGUCAGCAACUCAGGGUGAUCCCAAAGGUGACCAAACACCUCCUGUCCAACCCAGUGUUCACCUGCAUCAUCUUGGCGGCCUGCAUGGAGAUUGCAGUUGUGGCCGGCUUUGCAGCCUUCCUGGCCAAGUACCUCGAGCAGCAGUUCAACCUCACCACCACAUCAGCAAACCAACUCUUAGGUAUGACAGCCAUUCCAUGUGCAUGUCUGGGGAUAUUCAUGGGGGGCCUUCUGGUGAAGAAGCUGAACCUGUCCGCUCUUGGUGCCAUUCGCAUGGCAAUGCUCGUCAACUUGAUUUCUACCGCCUGUUACAUCUCCUUCCUCUUCCUGGGUUGUAACACUGGUCCUGUUGCAGGAGUGACAGUCGCAUAUGGAAAUGAGACAGAAGUCGAGCAGAAACCGGAAGCUCAGUGUAUCAGUCACUGCUACUGCGUCACUUCCUCCAUUAGCCCCGUGUGCGGUUCCAACGGUGUCACAUACCUGUCUGCCUGCUUCGCCGGCUGCACCCGAUCACUGAGCCCACGGACCUCAUCUACCAUCUCUCAGAACCUGACAGGAUGCACUUGCAUUUCUCCCGAGAGUGAACUGGCCACAGCACUUCCCGGGAAAUGUCCCACUGAGGGCUGUCGGGAGGUUUUCCUCAUCUUCCUGUGUGUGAUUUGCAUCUGCAGCCUGGUCGGAGCCAUGGCCCAGACACCCUCUGUCAUCAUAUUGAUCAGGACUGUGAGCCCUGAGCUGAAGUCAUAUGCACUUGGAGUGCUAUUCCUUUUGCUACGGCUCCUUGGCUUCAUCCCGCCUCCCCUGAUCUUCGGCGCUGGAAUCGACUCAACUUGCCUCUUCUGGAGUUCAGACUGUGGAGAUCGAGGUGCCUGCCUGCUGUAUGACAAUAUCACUUACAGGCAUCUGUAUGUCAGCCUCGCAAUUGUUCUCAAGGGCAUCGCCUUCCUCCUUUACACCACAACAUGGUAUUGCUUGCGCAGGAACUACAAAAAGUACAUCAAAGGCAACGAGGAUCACUUGUCACCAACUGAAUUUUACCCCUCGCUAACGGAUGGACCCAACCUGGUCGACAGGAAAAAAUUUAUAUAUAACCUAGAGGACCACGAGUUUUGUGAAAAUAUGGAAUCGGUUUUGUAGUUUAUAAAUUGAUUAUCCUCUGAAAUUAAUGGCUCAUGGUAUUUUUCUCUUUUUUUUAUGAUACAGGCAACCUAUUUAAUGGGUCAAAUUGUAAGCGGGUCCACUUUAGUCGUUUACUUACUGAGGUGUUGUCCAGUACCGGUGGGUUCCUGUGUAAAUUUAGUGGUAGAAGACAACUACAAUUCUGUCUCAAAUCCUGGUUCCUUAUUCGUGACAGACAACGGUGGCAGUGUUCUUUUAGGUCUGUCAUGAUUCCGGUAAUCUGUCUGAAAAUGACACUUCAUUCAGUGCACUGUGCAUUCUCUCUCAGACUUUUAGAAAAACGUUCAGGUGAUUCUUGAUUUAUUGGUAUUUAAACAUUGCCAAGUGUUUACAAAUUAAUAGUUUACUGGUUAAAGAGCAGAACCGCCGUGUGUGGGUUUAUCAUAGUGGCCUGUUAGAUUCUGUGUCAGAAAAUCACGUCUAAAAGACCCGGUUUUCUUUCAGUGUUUUCAGCCGUUUAUUGCUGGAUUAUCGGCACUGUUUUUGAUACUGCUUAGACUAGACUGUGGAGCCUAGUCUCAUAGGUGCAAUCGAUGUCUGACUGUUAUUCACGUGUCAGAGUGCAGGUUUGUAUGUUUAUUACGACUUUUUCUGUUUUUUCCACCUGCAGAAUUUAUUCAGCCUAAUAUGUCUUAAUAAGGGAUUAUACAAAUGUUAUUUAUAUUUACUUUUCAUUUUGCACCUGGUGGAAGAGCAAAGACAAUAAAAACUUGUAUAUUUUUGUGUUUUGACAUCUAAAUAAAAAAUUAUAAAUGACAUAUUUGCAUCAUUAGAGCUGGAAUUUUAUUAGAUUCUGUUUGAAAAUGCUUAAGUCAAAUUUUGACAUUACCAAAAAAAAAAAAAAAAAAUUCGGUGAUUUAAAAAUAGUGUGUUGCAUUUGGGGAUGAAGUGAAAUUAGGCUGUUAAUAACUUCAGCAGAAGAGUUAUAUUUGUAGAAGAACGGACGAGGUGCUUGUACUGUAGAAUACACUGACAUUAUUCCUGAAGAGUUCUUUGACAUGAUUCAGCACAGCUGUCGAUCUACUGAUAUCUCUGCAGUGACUGUUUUGACGUUGUCCUGUUUCUUAUACUUUUUGUAUGGCAGCAUAUUGUUUAUUCUUGAAAUAAAUUAUUUUUCAGAAAAUGUUC